AUGAGUGGUGCAAAGGUAGUUAAAAGUAAUGUUUACUGCUCUGUCUACAACUGUAAUACUCAUUAUUGCGAAGACAAAUCACCAAUCAAAAGUUUGGAUUUUGUAAGUUCAGAAGACCCUGUUGCUGAAUGUAUUGAAGAAAAUGAUACUCAAGACAAAUUAAACAGUACUCCAGAAAACCUAACUAAUGAAGUUCAACAAUUUAAUUUCACUCAGACAAGAGACUUCAGUGCCCAAGUGUGUAGUGGUGAUCUGUCAUCUCAUUUUAUUUUACUUUUAGAUUCAAAUAAAAAGCUGAAUACAAUGACAGGAAUCCCUUCUCACCAAAUACUCAAUAAAAUAGUGGAGUUGUUUUCUUUGCAAUACCCAGAUGUCAGAGCCCACCAAUUAAGUAUUAAAGAAAGAAUUGUUCUUGUAUUUAUAAAACUAAAACAAGAUCUUUCUUUUUCUGUUUUAUCGGUUUUUUUUCAAAAUAUUAGUUUAUCAACUUGUAGACAAGUUUAUUUAACUAUUUUACCGCUACUUGGUACAAUAUUUGAACAAUUGAUUUACUGGCCCUCCAAAGAUGAAAUAUUGUCCAAUAUUCCAUUUUGUUUCAAAAACUUUUCUAAUGUAAGGGUGGUCUUAGAUUGCACUGAAAUACCAGCUCAAAAGCCAAAAUGCUUGUCUUGUAAAAUCAAACUAUAUAGUUAUUAUAAGUCACAAUUCACACUUAAGUUUUUAAUAGGUGUUUCCCCUGCAGGUCUUAUAACGUUUGUCAGUAAGCCUUACGGGGGUAGGGCUUCUGAUAAUGUCAUAUUUCAACAAAGUAAUUUGAUUGAAUUACUUGAUAGAUCAGACGCUAUAAUGGUAGAUAGAGGAUUUAGGAUUGAUGAUAUUUGUAACGAAAAGGGUGUAACUCUGAUAAGACCACCCUUUUUAAGAGGAAAAUCUCAAUUUACUAAAACUGAAGCCCUUCUUACAAGAGAAAUAGCAAGUGCAAGAGUACACAUAGAAAGAGUGAAUCAAAGACUUAAAACAUUUAAAAUACUACAGAACAAAUUUACUUGGGGCCAUGUUCACUUAGCGCACGACAUUAUGAUAAUAAUAAGUGGUAUUUGCAAUUUAAGUUCACCCAUAUUUUCAUCUGAUAAAUUUUGUAAAUAG